GGUGGAAGGCAACGAGAAAAGGCGACCGAAAGAAGGGAAGCAAGGAAAAAGUUCCCCCCCUACUUUAUUGUCUUGCAGCUCAAAAGGCGACGCCACCCGGCGGAUCUCCACGAAUUGGCCACGCUGCUCGCAAUUCCUCCGUUCUCGCCGAGUUCAAGUCAUGCAGCUCUAUCAUCAUCCUUACUCGAUGGACAGCCAGAAAGUGCGGCUAGCACUAGAAGAGAAGGUGAUUGAUUACACAUCCUAUCAUGUUAAUCCUCUGACCGGGAAGAAUAUGGAUGUGUCAUUCUUCCGCACGAAUCCAUCUGCAAAACUUCCUAUCUUCCAAAAUGGUUCUCAUGUCAUUUUCCGUGCUAUUGAUAUUAUCCAGUACAUAGAGAAACUCUCGGUUUCCCUAAGUGGUGAAGAUAAUCCCAUUAGUAGCAAAGUCAUGGAAUGGAUGGAGAAAAUCGAAGAUUGGAGUCCCAAAAUAUUCACUCUCGCUCACAUCCCAGCCAAAUGUAGGCUGUUUGUUUCCAAAUUUGUGCGGCGUGUAGUAAUUGCUCGGAUGGCCCAAGCUCCAGAUCUGGCUAGUGUCUACCAUGUAAAACUUCGAGAAGCCUAUGAAACAGAAGACAAGUUGAAGGACCCUCAAAAUUUGAAGCAAAGUGAGGAAGAGCUGUCUAGUCUUCUUGAUGAUGCAGAAGCUCAACUGAGUGUGACGACAUAUCUUGCUGGUGAAUAUUUUACCAUGGCAGAUUCAAUGUUUGUGCCAAUUCUGGCAAGAAUUGCUCUUCUGAAUCUAGAAGAGGAGUAUAUAAGUUGCAGGCCCAAGAUAGCAGCCUACUAUAAUCUGGUAAAGCUCAGGCCGAGCUACAAAAAAGUCAUUGGGAGAUAUUUCGGUGGAUGGAGAAAGUACCGAACACUUUCUAAAACAUCAUGCUUUCUUUGCAUAAGAAGCAUGUUCCGGAAGUACUAGAAAAAAUGCCACUUGACAACUUUUGUUCAAAGAGACCAGUUUGUGCAGUGUCCAAUAAUAACUGAAUGUGGAAUAAGCGGAAGCAGUGUUUGGGAUUUGCUUGCUGUUGAAGAGAUAAAUUUCCUCCAAAAUCUUUUAUAGGAUACUAAAGCAGACAGUAAAGUUUGGGUGUAGCUUUUCCAUUUGGAUGGGCACCUCCAUCUUUUUCAUGUAUUACUCUCUGCGCCUGCCCUUGUAAUAUGCUUCAUGUUCUUGUGUACAUAGUUGAAUUGAUUAGAGAAAAUUUUAUUGCUGUGGCAUUAGGAGCAUCUGUUUGUAGCUAA